UCUUAUUCUCCCUACUUCUUAACAACUUCACCUCCCUCUUCUCUCUCUCUUCGAAUCUGCAACACCAACUUCAACUACUUCAAUUACUACAAAUUUUAGCAUCCAAUUUGCUAACUCAAAUUUCACAUUGGAGAGAUCUCUCAUUGUUCUUCGUUCAUUGACAUAUUCUCUUGUGUCUCAGGUAUUUGAUCGGUGAAUAUGGAUGCAUUUUUGGUUUGCAAAUCUGUAACUGUGCCAUCUACUACUAAACCUGGCCUAUGGAUGAACCAGACCAAAAGAAUCAGCAGUGCUCCAUCUAACUUGACGAUAGGGAGCCGGGUUAAUUUUCCUGGGCAGUCAGUUCAGGUUCUUAAGAUAAAUCGUAAAACUAGAAAGUGUGGUGGAGCUCUUGCAGCUACUUGUCGCAGUGAGAAAAUUUUGGUAGCUAAUAGAGGUGAGAUUGCAGUCCGUGUGAUCCGAACUGCUCACGAGAUGGGCAUUCCAUGUGUUGCAGUCUACUCAACCAUAGACAAGGAUGCACUCCAUGUGAAAAUCGCUGAUGAAUCUGUUUGCAUUGGUGAAGCUCCAAGUAAUCAAUCAUAUUUGGUGAUCCCCAAUGUUCUAUCUGCUGCUGUAAGCCGUGGAUGCAGUAUGUUGCAUCCUGGGUAUGGAUUUCUUGCUGAGAAUGCUGUUUUUGUUGAGAUGUGUAGAGAACAUGGAAUAAAUUUUAUUGGACCUAAUCCAGAUAGCAUCCGUGUCAUGGGUGACAAGUCAACUGCUAGAGAAACCAUGAAGAAGGCUGGUGUUCCAACUGUUCCAGGAAGUGAUGGAUUGUUACAGAGCACAGAUGAAGCAAUAAAGCUUGCUCAUGAAAUUGGCUUCCCUGUUAUGAUUAAGGCAACUGCAGGGGGUGGAGGCCGUGGGAUGCGUCUUGCUAAGGAGCCAGAUGAAUUCGUGAAGUUGCUGCAGCAAGCUAAGAGUGAGGCUGCAGCUGCAUUUGGAAAUGAUGGAGUAUAUUUGGAGAAGUACGUACAAAAUCCAAGGCAUAUUGAAUUCCAGGUUCUUGCAGAUAAAUAUGGAAAUGUUAUUCACUUUGGAGAGCGUGAUUGCAGUAUUCAGAGGAGAAACCAGAAGCUACUUGAAGAAGCACCUUCUCCUGCAUUGACUCCAGAGUUAAGGAAAGCCAUGGGUGAUGCUGCUGUUGCUGCAGCAGCAUCUAUAGGUUAUAUUGGUGUAGGAACAGUGGAAUUUCUUUUGGACGAAAGAGGUUCUUUCUACUUCAUGGAAAUGAACACCCGAAUCCAGGUUGAGCAUCCAGUGACAGAAAUGAUAUCGUCAGUUGACUUGAUUGAAGAACAAAUUCGAGUGGCUAUGGGAGAGAAACUCCGCUACAAACAGGAAGAUAUAGUGCUAAGUGGACAUUCAAUUGAAUGCCGAAUCAAUGCAGAAGAUGCAUUCAAAGGGUUCCGGCCUGGACCUGGAAAAAUUACUAGUUACUUGCCUGCUGGAGGACCGUUUGUGAGGAUGGAUAGCCAUGUUUAUCCCGGUUAUGUUGUUCCACCAAGUUAUGACUCUCUACUUGGCAAGCUGAUCGUCUGGGCUCCAACACGAGAGAAAGCAAUUGCACGUAUGAAGAGGGCUCUUGAUGAUACAAUUAUUACAGGGGUCCCCACAACUAUUGAAUACCAUAAACUAAUUCUUGAUAUUGAGGAUUUUAAAAAUGGAAAAGUAGAUACUGCUUUCAUCCCCAAGCAUGAACAGGAAUUGGCGGAGCCUCAAAAGAUUGUUUCUGCAACUCCUGCCAAAGAACUGACUGGUGCAACUGCCUAAAUACUGUUUCGGUUAGGCACUGAUCUAGCGCUUUACCUCCAUUGAAUCACCUCUUCUUUUUCGCAAUGAAUGAUCUUCUCCAAACAAGGCAACAAAAAGAGGCAGCAAAUUCAGCUGGAAGAACUUGGGCAUUUAACUCAAUAUAGUACCCUCCUUCCUAGGUCCCUGAAAAAAUAGAAAAGACUAUAUUGUAUGGAUAACUACAAAUUAUUUAUAAAAAGUUUGCGACAUUAUUAGCUCAUCACUAGUAUGUUUUCUUUUUAUAUGGGAGAUUGAUUAUGGAUUCUAAAUGAAGAUGAAGGUUCGAUGAGCACUUGGAGUUGAUGAAAAAUUUGCGUCUGAAGGUCUCAGUGCUGUCUGAGUUUAAUCAAUUAUUUAGUUUUAAUCUUCAUGGGAUUUUGCAUGUCGAGUGCUGUAUUUUUGCAUUACACAAUAUGUACUUAAUUUUUUUAGAUGUAACACUUUCCUAAUCUGAAAGUUAAGAAAUAGCGGCAAUGUUUUUAAUUGCGAAGAUCUGAAGUUUUACCCUUA